AUGCUCUCCCACCUGCGAUUCCACCGGCGGGGGCCCUCAAACCCGACCUCGCCGGCCCCGGAUCAAUCCUCGCCUUCGUCUCUCAACAGCCAUCAGCAGUCUCCCUUGAACCCCGACUCAGCAUCUCCUCUCGACGCACAGCUGUCAUCUUCGGCUUCCAACUCAUUACCGCCUACCCUGCCGCCGAUAAACCGCGUGACGUCAAACGAAUUUAAUCUAGAACCUCUUGGGGAGAAGCGGGAUGUCGAGAAACAACCGCAGAUUAUCGAGAAGCAGCCGCAAACUGUCGGUCGGCCUCCUCAGGUCCAGAGAUCGGGAUACAGCACCGGCUCUGGAUUUAUCGGCGGCGUUGCUCUGCGGAACUACCAGCGAAAUGUGGAAGCACAGCAAGGGGACAACCAUGCUCAAGCCUCCCACCCGACGCCCAUGGCGAACAAUGCCGACCUAUCAAGGCCAUCGCCGCAGGCAUCCAGUAGUUCAAAGAGCAGUCUUCCCUACUCCUCAUCAUCUAACCAGCGGCUUUCUGGUUCUCGACUGGCGGGCGAAUCUUUGUCUUCGAGUAGUGUAUUAAACAUUGAGCCCCAGAAGGGGAAGAAGGGAUUGCCGUUUCUCAAGAACCCCAUGUCAACGUUACUGUUGAGGAGGAGAAACAAUCAAAAUCUUGCAAAUGCACUGCCCCUUCCCCUAGACAGCCGUCUGGACGAGCCUACAUAUGACCCUCGCAUUAAAGGUACUAGGGUUCAUGAUUUUAGCGCACCAAGACGAAGGACAAAUGCUCCUACUAAUGAUACAGUGGCCAUCCGCUCUGCAUCUUUGGCCAAUAUCGCCCUGGAGUCGGGCGUGGGCCCUCAUGAUGGGGCGGAGACGCGUGGCCCAGUAGUGUUAGACGGGCAGCUACAACGCCGCAUGAUGAGCAGUGCGUCGGAUCCUGCCCGCCCAGAAUCCGGGAGCACAAAUUCGCACACCAUUGCCCAAUCAUCUAGUGUAUCUUCUGUUAGAACGGGCUCCUCCACUGCAGAGCAAGCCUUUCCGUUGGACGACCAUGUCGUUACUGGACUAACCAUGAAGGGCAAUGACCCAGCUCUUCAAUCGACUCCUUCAACAAUUUCUCAGGCCACCACUCAGGAGAUGGGUGAUCCAGUCAGAAAUACCGGCUCUAUACGAACGACCAGAUCGAGAAACGUCUCUCUCUCGUCUAUACCGAGACACAUGAAGAGUACUUCCUCACGAUUUAGUUUUGACAUGAUUGGAGCCGCCAAGCAGGAAAAGCUGCUGGAAGAACGGCACCGACAGCGGGAGUUGGACAAGAAAGCUGCACAAGGCGAGGAGCCAAGAGACUCUCGCUUUGAUGACUUUGAUGAAGAUGCCUUUGAUUACGACGCCAUGAUGGACGAUGACGGAUUGGAAGAGAGAAUUCCUGGAAUUAAUGCGGAUUACGAUGAUGAGGAAGAGCCAUAUCUCGAUGACCAGUACUAUGAACAAGAGGCUCAGUAUAUCGAGGACGACGUCGAUCCAGACGUCGAUCCAGACGAUGACCAAGAAAACUUUGCCGGCUUCAGCUUCCAGCGAUCUAAUCCAACAUCGUCUCUGGCGACUCCACAGAGCGGAGGCAUGAUGCCAACCCCUAGAGAUGCCGAUGGCGAGGUUAUUGGUUUUCCAGACCCGGAGGCCGAUGCUGAGGUAUCCGGUCUGGGGAUCCAUGGAGUUGAUAAUGUUUCGGCCUCUUUCCAAGCAUUGGGUUUGGAAGCAGGCUCUGUCCCUACCCCUAUUGGCAUGCCUCCGCCACCGGGUGCGCGGCGCAGGAUGAGUUAUGACGAGCUGUAUUUUGAUUCAGGCAUGAGUGGCUUCGGAGGUGUGUUUGCCGAAGAUUUAGCCGGAUCACCUGUAGAUGAUGGGGUGCCUUUUGAUGAGUCAAUAUUUGACAAUGAUGAUACGGAUCAAUACGGCCGACCUCUACCUGGAGCUUUCGCACAAGCAAAGUCAGCGCGAGAGAAGAGCAACCAAGAGUCCCCGAAGCAGGAGACGGAGAAGCCAGAGGGUGAGGUGGCACCCCAGCAGCUUUCAGAGCAGCUGGAGGAUGCCCAGGCGGCGAUACAUACCUCUACGAGCAUUAGCACGGAGCACUCGGGUGAGAAUGCUGCUGCUGAAGUCCCGAGCGACUUACCUCCGUUACCUGAGACUACCAUUGUUGCUCCUCAGCCGUACAGCCCAAAUCCUAUUGCUGCCUAUCAGGCGGCAUUGGCUGCAGCCGCCCAGAGAGCGGCGGAGGCUGGCCAGUUCGAACGCGCAGCAGCGCAGUCUCCUACCGAUGCAGAUAAUAAUGGCCAAGUGCCCACAAGUUUUGAUGAUUCAGAUGCGCUCCGUGACUACGAAUACGACGACUACGGCUAUUCUUAUGAUGAUAUGGAUGAUUUUGAAAUGGACGACGACGCCAUCAUCGCUGAGGCCAAUGCUAGUGCUCUGGCCAACGAUUCUGAUGGGUGGUAUGGACAAGAGUUUGGCUUUUAUGCUGCUCCAGUCAACAACCACGGCUCAGGCGCCAACGCGGAGGGCAGCGGAUAUGUCGCCGGCGGAUUUUUCGGCCCCAAAGGCGCAAGCAAUUUAAACCGCAGCGUAAGCGGGCGUGUAGUCUCGAGAGAGCCAAACCUGACUCCCAUCACCGAGCGCUCCGAGUAUUCCAAUAGAAACUCUCUCAUGAGCCUCGGAAUGCCACCUAUUAGUGGCACUCCAAUCGUCCAGAGCCCCGGGCUGGCCCAGCUGGCCAUGAUGGCGGACCGAGGCGACGACCAGAUGAACCUUACGGCACUCCUCCGGCUGCGGUCAAAGGCAUGGGGCGGCUCGCAAGCCAGCUUGGCUUCCAGUAAAGAUGGUUCCCCGAGGUCAGAAAGGGGAGAGGGUCCAGGUUCGCCGCGAGGACCUAGCUUUCCGACUGGGUUCCCUCCCUCCACAGCUCAUACACGAAAAAACUCUGUCUUCUCCAUCGUGAGUCGCGAUUCCGAUGGCAGUGUUCCUGCCAGUCCUACACUCACAAUGCCCACGUCGGCCCUUGCCAAUAGAUCGUCAAUUGGGCCUGAAUUCAUAAAUCGAGAGGCAGACAUGGCUUCAGCUUGGGGAGCGAUCUCAACAUCGCCGAUCCAAAUGGGAUCGAACAUCUUUCAAGACGGCAUUUCUCCGCUCAGCGAUCCCCCUCAUCCUUCUGCCUUCACGGUAUCCAAUGCACACCCGCAUGCUCUGUGUAGCAGUCAAGACGCGUCAAGUCCAGAGAGAGGACAUCAGCGGCAGAAGGGAUCAACAGAUAGUAUAUCUUAUAUGAUGGAAGAAGAGGAGAGCGGGGAGAAGCGGUGGGUUAUGGAACGCCGGCGAACAGGAGAGUUUGGGCAAGUAGAAAUCUUGGAACGGGAGGUCGUCGAGGGAGGUCGUAUAUAA